AUGUGUCUCUUCAACAGUUUUGUCUUUUUCUACCUUCUAGGAGGACUCACCUUCAUUCCCAUUGUCCUGUCAUUAUUUCUUCUCUACUCCUAUUUCGCCUUCUCGAUAUCUCCCUCGCAGUCCGACCAAGAGAGCGAACCCGCUGAUACCUCCAUCUGUCGUUCCAAUGACGACCAAUACAGCCUCAAAUCUAGAACCGAUGAACUGGCAGAAAAGUUCUAUCGCACGCAUGAUACGGAUGUCGCUGCAGGAUAUUUCGUGGUCUGUCGCGAAUAUGUUCCGGCUGGUGUCAAUGGCAAGCCUCCAGAGAGAACUACACCGACAGGGGAGAUAGUCGCUUCGGAGAGUCCAAGCGUCUACCAAGCAAUGUACAGGAGUCUCUUUGAUCGGAAGCAAGCGCCAACAAUUGAUCCGGUAAAGAACGUGGCUAAGAACGGCAGACGGACACGUAACAUGUUUUACAUCGUGCUUAGGUACCGACCCUUGCGGCUAUUGCCCUCUUCGAGCAAUGUUCAUAUGGAGACUGAUACUAGUGGAAAUCUAGACACGGCCACUUGA